GGAGAUCAAGUGAUGGAUAUUUCAACAGACAUAUUUUUAUCUUUUGUUGAUGCCAAAGAAAUUAUGUUUUUGUUGACAUGGGAUUAAAUUAAAUUGAUUGUCUCUAAUUUUGUCAGCACUCAUUUUUAUACUCAAUUUUAUUUGUACUUAUUGAUUUUUUUACCGACAAUAAUGUAAUUUUUCAAUCAAACUUCAGGAAGUACAGUGAUUAUUUCCAACAUUCCCUUCCAAAUAACUGUUGUGCUAAUAUAAGUUAACUUUUAAACAUUUUGGGAUUUGCACCGUGACCACCAAUUGUUUAUCCUUCCAUUUAAAUGACUCUCCCUCUUUUUUUUUUUUAAGUCAUUGGCUAUUCAUUAAUAUGAACCCAGAGGGUUAGCAGAUUAUGGGCCGAAACCCGUAUGGGAGAUACAAGAAACAUGGAAGGCCCAAGCAGCAAUCAAAAGACCAAGACCCAACUGAUGGCAUGUGAAAAACAAGACAAAAAACAGCCAAUGCCCAACAUAUGGCCUGAAAACCCUAGCCCCAAUUGAUCCCACAUGGAACAGCAGCCGCCACCUAUCACACCAAAAAUGAUAGGAAUAUAUAAUUACUUAAUUGUUUUUCUGUUAGUUUGUUCCUAUUGUUUAGCCAUAUUCCCACAACACUACUUCCAUUAUGUAACGUGCUAUUAGGGUUCGCCUUGUAAUCUUGGGUAUAAAACCCACACUCCUAAUCAAUAUACAACAAGUCAUUACUCCUCCAUAUGGUAUCAGAGCUGCGCUCUGAUCUCCUUAAUCCCAUUCUCUCUUGCUGAACCUCUUAUUCUUCUCUCUCGGCCGCCAUGUCUCAAAAUGAUGGUGGGUCAGUUAUUAACCUUGACAAUUCCAAUAUCAUCAUCACUCUCAAUCCCGCCACUCAAUUCCCCAACAAACUCAAUGGCGACAACUUCCCUACCUGGCGUGCCCAACUCGUGACUCUUCUCCAGGGGCUCGACUUGCUCAAAUAUCUUGACGGCUCCCAUCCUCCACCUGCCCCCGAUGCUGAGGCGGCCGUCCGUAUUCACUGGUUCCGUCAAGAUCAACUUCUCCUCCACUAUAUUCUGGCUUCGUUUACACCCAGCGUUGCUCCCUACGUCACGUCUGCUGCGUCUUCCCGUGAUGCGUGGCUGAUCUUGGAGCGUAUGUUCGCCAGUCAGUCUCGGCAACGGAUCAUGAAUCUGAAAACCAAGCUCAGCCGCGAAACCCAAGGCUCUCGCCCUGUCGCCGUCUAUCUGCAGUCUAUGCGCACCAUGGCGGCUGAACUUGCCCUUGUUCAAGCACCUGUGUCGAAUGAAGAUACGAUUCUUCAUAUUCUUCGUGGUCUUCGUGAGGAAUAUGGUCCUCUUUCUGCUGCUCUUCGCGCCUGUGACACCACCAUUUCUCUCAAAGAUAUGCACGAUCGCCUGGUUGAUUUUGAAGCCGAUUUUGAGGCGCAUCGAUCCUCUUUUGCACUGGCUCCUACCACUGUUUUCUCCUCCUUUCGUGGUCGUUCUUCCCAGACGUCUCAUGGCCGCGGCAAUCCUAGUAGUCCUCGCCGCUCUCGCCAGAUGCAACCUUCCUCCUACCCCGACUCUGCGUAUCGUGGUCAUUCACCUUCCCGUGGGUUUCCCAAUCCAGCGCCUUCCUCAGCACCGUCUCUUCCCAGCCUCCCUCACAUCCAGUGCCAAUUUUGCGACAAGCCAGGUCACACCGCCAAAGAGUGCUACCGGCUCCAUGGUCGUCCUCAAUCCCACCAUACCGUGACUGCCGGUUCCUCCUCCUCCUCCUUAUGGCUUCUUGACUCCGCCGCCACCAAUCACGUAACCCCUGAUCUCGGUGGUCUCUCUCUCUACACAGACUACCACGGCCCCGAAGAGGUUAUUGUAGGCGACGGAUCAGGUCUGAAAAUUACCCACAUUGGGCAAUCUCGCCUCCCUACUUCUUCCUCGUCCUUGGCUCUUUCCAAUAUACUGUGUGUUCCGGCCAUUAAACGCCGCUUGUUGUCGGUUGCGCAAUUGUGCAAAUCUAACUCGGUUUCGGUGGAAUUCUUCUCUGAUUGUUUUAUUGUGAAGGACCUAGCCACGGGGGCGCCUCUACUAUGCGGCCUGAAUAAUGAUGACGUGUAUGAGUUGCCAGUGGAUUCCCAGUCUCCUGUUCGUCUAGCCUUGACCGCCACACCCACCUCUUUCUCCACUUGGCAUCAUCGCCUGGGCCAUCCCAACACCAAGCUGCUAUCCCGUUUACUCCGUAAUCAGUCUCUCCCUGCCUCUGCCUCCUCUUGUUCCUCUUGAGAGUCAUGUUCAUUGCAUAAGAGUCACAAACUUCCCUUUUCUAUUUCGAGUUUGACUAGUACUCGUCCGUUCGAUUUGCUGUUUAUGGAUGUUUGGGGCCCUUCCCCUGUGCUUUCUCUUGAUUCUUAAUCUUAUUACUUGGUCAUUGUGGAUCAUUUUACUCGCUAUACAUGGCUCUAUCAUUUAUCCCGUAAAUCUGAUGUUUGUCAUGUUUUUACAACAUUCACUACGAUGAUUUCCAAACCACUGGGCAUUACUCACCUUCUUACCCCGCCUCACACUCCCAAUGUGAGUUUUCUAGUCUGACUUGCUCCCCCCCCCCCCCCCCCCCCCCCCCCCCCCCCCCGUGGUGAUCGAAUAGUUUUAUAUAUAGAUGUAGGAGGGUCUGUUUGGGAAGUAAGAAGCCCCUUUGACAUCUCUUCAUCUGCAAAGAAUUCUCGAUGUGAAAACACAGAGACAAAGGGCUGAUCUUUGAAUAGGAAAAAGAGUGGAUCUGCAGGAUCCCAAAUGAAUUGGCUUAUUCGAA